AUGACCUUUCUGUCCAACAAACCACGUCUUACACAGAACGGAGGCCUAGUGCCUGCUUACGAUUCACAAUCCGAGCAACUAUUCACAGAACCACCCGUGGCAAUUGAGUCCUGCAUACACGACUUAAUCGAACAGCGCUGUCAAGAACAGCCAGAAGCACCUGCAGUGUGUGCAUGGGAUGGCGAGUUCACCUAUCGGCAACUCAGCAACUUAGCUCAUUCACUCGGCGCGUCGCUGUCGGCUCGGGGUGUCGGCCCAGAAGACUUUGUGCCUAUUUAUUUUGAGAAGUCCCGGUGGGCGAUCAUUGCGAUCCUGGGUGUCUUGUAUGCUGGAGGCGCCUUUGUACUACUCGAUCCAUCGCAACCAUUACAGCGGCUCAAGGAAAUCUGCCAAACAUUCAAGGCGCCGUUGGUGGUAGCCUCAUCCCAGAAUGCGUCCCAAGCUGGCCAGCUUGCGCCCGAUGUGGUGGUCGUGCACAAAGAAACAGGGCAGGGAAAUCAGGGUAUGGCUCCAGGGGCAGCUAGUCGUUCUAAGCCAAGCCAUGCCGCCUAUGCCAUGUUUACCCCCGGGAGUACAGGUACCCCUACAGGCGCUGUGAUCGAACAUCGAUCUAUCUCAUCUUCGAUCGUCGGUCACGGUAACCGAUUAAAUCUCACCCGGACAUCGCGAGCACUGCACUUUGCUUCUUACGCUUUUGAUGUCUGCCUCACUGAAACCCUCGCCGUGCUAGUCCACGGAGGGUGUGUAUGUAUUCCGUCUGAAGUGGAACGACGGGGUGACCUUGCCACUGUGAUACGACGUCUGCGAGUCAAUUGGGCUUUGCUCAUGCCAUCCAUGGCUCGCUCAUUGGAUCCCAAGACCCUGCCGACGCUCGAGACUUUGGUAUGUGCUGGGGAAGCCCUGACCGCACAAGAUAGAGAUCAUUGGGCUCCUCAUUUGAACUUAUUCAACGCCUAUGGACCCACUGAGUGCAGUAUCUUCGCCUGCGUCCAUGCCGUUCCCGAGGCAGCGGACUUGCCCAUCCGAGUAGGGCUUCCGGUUGGCGGAAGCUGCUGGAUUGUGGAUGAGAGGGACGUCCAGCGCCUUUGUGAGGUAGGCAAAGUAGGUGAGCUUUUGAUCGAAGGUCCGAUUGUUGGGCGGGGAUACAUAGGAUGCGGAGCCAACACAGCUGCCGGCUUCGUCGACCGCCCCGACUGGCUGCGAAAGAUAUGGCCAAGCGUGCAGGGCAAAGUUUAUAGGACUGGUGAGCUCGCGCGCUGUCAUGUAGAUGGCUCGAUCGAGCGUCUUGGUUGCAGGGAUAGCCAGCUAAAAAUCGCUGGACACCAAAUGGAAGCGGCCGAGAUUGAAUACCAUGUACGCUCACAUCCUUCGGUCAUUGAUGCCGCAGUGGAAGUAAUACAACCAAGGGAUGCGCUCGAAUCCCCCCUUUUGGUCGCAUUCGUGGUACGUCAGACCAGGACUCCCGGGGCUUCUCAAGCAACCACUUCCGAAAGUGAGCUGGUGGUCCCAGAUGGGGAUUUCCAGACACUAGUUCAGCAAGUAAAAUCCACGCUGCGACAUGUUCUCCCCGGCUACAUGGCUCCCACGGUUUUCCUGGAGAUAUCUUCCAUGCCAUUGAGUACCAAUGGCCAACUGGAUCGCCGAAGCCUACGUCAGCUUGGAAAUUACAAAACUCAACGCGACUUGCUCAAGCUAGGUCUGGAGACAACAGCGAAGACACCGCCGCGAAACCCUAAGGAAACAUUGAUGCAGCGACUGUUGGGAGAGGUACUACAAAUGCCUAUCGAGCGUAUUGGCAUCGAAGAUAACUUCUGGAACCUAGGUGGAGAUUCCCUACAGUUUAUGAAGCUAGCAGGGCUAGCGCGCAAGUGCGGAAUGAUCCUGGAAGACGAGGAUGCUUGGGGUGAUGGUACGCUAGAGGAAAUGGCAUCGAGUGCCAGCAUGGAUCAUCUUCCAUCAGAAGAAGUACCAGCCUUCUCGCUUUGUAAGAGUGAGAGUGAGAAAAUGGCGGUGGCGCACACCCUGGGCAAGUUUCAGGUAAAGCAGGACGAAAUUGAGGACAUCUACCCGUGUACUCCGCUACAGGAGGGCCUAUUCGCAGUAGCCCUGAAACAUUCAGGUGCGUACACCAUGUGUAUGGAAUUCGAGCUGCCCAUCAACAUCGAUAUCAACAAAUUCCGCCGCGCUUGGCAAGCAACAGUUGAAGCCAACCCAAUCCUGCGAACGCGCAUCGUGCCGGGGAAAGAAGCAGAACUUUGGCAGGCCGUAAUCCGGGAUGUCAUUCCAUGGGACACGAGGAUUCCGAGCGAGGAUGUCCCCAAAAUGUGGAAGGACUGGAAGACAGGACAGCGGUUGAUUAGAUUGGCGUUGAGUGAUCCGACAACCCCAAACACGCCUCGCCAUUUCACAUUGCUCAUGCACCAUGCAGUGUUUGAUGCCUGGGGGAUUCCAUUAUUGCUGCAACAAGUGGAAGCGGCCUACAGAGGGGAGAGCUUGUCCUCGAGGCCCUUUAGCCCUUUUAUCCGAUACUUGAAAUCCCAAAGCCAGAGCGAAAUUGACCGUUAUUGGACCGAGUCCCUAUCGGACCUGAACGCGGUCCCUUUCCCCAAACUACCGUCCCCAGAUCAUGUUGUGAAGCCUACAAAAACGAUUGCAUAUGUUAUUCCCAUUGCAGCGGCCUGGCAUACCGAGCAACAAAUAACUCUGCCGACUAUGCUCCUACUUGCGUGGGGCCUCCUAGUAUCUCACCACACAGAGAGUUGGGAUGUAGUUUUUGGGCUAACAGUUGCCGGCCAUGGUGCGCCGGUUGAGGGCAUUGAGUCCAUGAUCGGACCCACCUUCGCCAUCAUUUCCAUGCGACUGCUUCUCGAUCCCCAAGCGACUGUGAUCGAAACCUUGAAGAAUGUACAGGCGCACUCACGCCGGACCAUGUCUGUAGAGCAGGUCGGGCUUCAGCGCCUCAGCCUUCUGGGCGCCGAGUCCGCCGCUGCCACGCAGUUUCAGAGCCAACUAGUCAUCCAAGCCGAUGAUGGGGAGCACCGACACCCGGCCAUGUUUUCUAAACUUCGUGAUCUCACCGAGUUGACCGAGACCACUUCUUCUGGUAUUACCAUAGUCGCUAAGCCAUCCUCGACCUCGAUGGCGCUCGAAAUCGCCUAUGACCCGCUGAUGGUCACUGAUGUCCAUAUGAAGCGGCUAAUUCAUCAAUUGGAGCAUAUCUACCAGCAAAUUCAGCAGACACCUAACGCUCGGCUAGAAGAUAUCGAAAGCAUCGGCACAUGCGACAUGGCCGAGUUGCGGAAGUGGAAUGGCCAACCCCCAGCGCUGGUCGAACAGUGUGCGCACGAGCUGAUCUAUCAACGUACGCUGGCACAGCCUAAAGCGCCCGCCGUCUGCGCGUGGGAUGGCGAGUUCUCAUACCAGGAACUCGAAACACAUGCAGAAAAUCUAGCAAGACGCUUAGUAUCCAUGGGUGUUGGUCCUGAGACCUUCGUUCCCCUGUUUUUCGAGAAGUCACGGUGGACGACUGUCGCCAUACUGGCUGUUUUGAAAGCCGGCGGUGCUUUCGCCUUGCUCGACCCCUCGAAUCCCAUGGAUCGAUUGCAAAAAUUAUGUCACGAGAUGCGCGCUUCUAUCCUGCUCUGCUCGGAAGCCAAUGCCUGUUCUGCUAGUCAAUUAGGACCAUUACAAACUGUCAUCCUCGGGUCCCAUUAUAACGAGCUGGUGACCGCCGAAGGUCCCCUGAACACUAGUCCGGCCACUCCAAGCAAGCCAAAAGGGGCUGUGAUUACGCAUGGUGGCUGGUGCACAAUGGCGCAGGCAAUAUGCCCCAAGUCUUGUCUCAGCCCAGAGUCCCGAGUGCUGCAGUUUUCGGCCUAUGCGUGUGAUGCAAGUAUAUUUGACAACCUCGCGACACUAGUAGCUGGUGGCUGUAUAUGUGUUCCGUCUCAACAAGACUGUCUGUCGAAUCUUACGGGUGCUAUUGCAGACUUUAAGGCUAAUUGGGCUUUGAUGACGCCUACUGUCGCACGUACCUUGAACGCUCAGACAUCCCCCACGUUGAAACACCUUUUGCUGGGUGGAGAGCCCGUGACCCCAGCUGAUGCUGAGCAGUGGUCUCCAUACUUGCACCUCAUGAAUUGUUAUGGGCCGACUGAAUGUGCAAUACUGAUGGCCGUGCAGCAGGCGGUAGACCCGAAGCAGUCAACGAAUAUUGGCCUUGCUACUGGGGCGGUAGGAUGGGUUGUCAAGCCGUCGAAUGUCAAUCAGCUAUGCCCUAUCGGUGCCGUUGGAGAGCUGAUAGUUGAAGGCCCAACUGUUGCACGGGAGUAUCUAAACCAACCGAAAAAGACGGCUGAAGCAUUUCCAGACAGCGUCCCCUGGCUGCGCACAUUCCGGGCUAGUCCGUACAGAUUGUAUAGAACCGGAGAUCUCGUGCAUUAUAACGAUGAAGGGGAAUUUAUAUUCAUCGGCCGUAAAGACACGCAGGUCAAGCUGCGAGGUCAGCGAAUGGAGAUGGGAGAGGUGGAAUAUCACCUACACCGCUGCUUUCCUGGAGCUCAGAGAGUAGUUGCUGACAUCCUUCCUUCACAAAACGGGCGACCUGAUCUUCUGGCCGGGUUCGUUGUGCGCACGCCCUCAAUCGGAUCCAACUCCAGUUUGAUUGUGGAGAGUGACGCGAGCUUCUCCAAAGCAGCAGCUAUUGCCCUUGCUGGAAUGAAACAGCACCUCCCAUCAUACAUGGUCCCGGCGGUUCUGAUCCCCCUCAGCCGUCUGCCUGUUUCUGCAACGGGAAAACUGGAUCGGCGCGUCCUACAAGCACAUGCGGCACUAUUGACUUCCGAACAGCUGGAUGAGUUCAGAAUGUCAGAGAGAGCUCCGAUUCGAGGGCCAGAGACUCACACCCAGGCGGUACUGCGGCAACUUUACGGGGUCGUUCUUUCGAUUCCCGAGGACCGGAUCGGGAUUGAGGAUAACUUCUUCCGAAGGGGUGGUGAUUCCUUGUCGGCCAUGAAAUUGGUCACGCUCGCACGAAAGUCGGGGUACUCUUUGACCGUGGGAGACAUCUUCACCACACCGCGUAUAAUCGACCUUGCAGCGAUGAAAAACAUGGCCAAUGUCACGCACAGCGACGAUACAGUGCCACCACUCACUCUCAUUUCAGAUUUGCGGGUACAAGAGCAAGUUAUAUCAGCGCUGCAGACCGAGGCUGGAGUAGCCAGAGUUCAGAUUGAGGACCUGUACCCAUGCACCCCGUUGCAAGAAGGCCUUAUGGCGUUGACUCUGAAGACGCCCGGAAAAUAUGUUGCAACAUUCGUCUAUGACCUUGUAGAAAAUGUCGAUUUGGAUCGUUACCAAGCGGCGUGGAAUGCAACUUGUGUUGCAAAUCCUAUUCUCCGUACACGACUGAUACAGGGCCCGGGAGGCAGCUUCCAGGUCGUUAUGCGAGAGGCGCCAUACUGGGAGAAGUAUAGCACACAGCAGGAUUACCAAAGCCGCUCUGUGCCUGUAGCAAUGGGCCUCAAUGUACGCUUGCUUUGUCUUUCAUUGAUAGCUAGUCCUCCUCGUCUCGUCAUGACUAUCCACCAUGCCCUCUACGACGGCUGGUCCAUGUCUCUCAUUUGGGACCAGGUCGAGGCUGCCUACCGCGGACAAAGUCUUCAGCCUCGGCCAUUCUCACCGUUUAUUCGCUACCUCCACCAACAACAGGACGACUCCGCUUCGGCUUCCUUUUGGCGCUGCCAAUUUGAAGACCUCAAAGCAGCUGUAUUCCCAGCUCUUCCAUAUCCAACUUACGAACCGGUACCGAAUCAAGCCAUUCAUCGGCGACACUCCAUGAGAGCCGAUAUUCAGCUGGAUUUCACUCUUCCCACGGCCAUCAAACUGGCAUGGGCAAUCGUUAUGUCCUAUUAUACGGACUCAGUCGAUGUCGUGUUUGGAUUAACCCUCAAUGGGCGCACCGCAGCCGUGUCUGGCAUUGACCAGUUCACGGGGCCGACUGUCACAACCGUCCCAUUUCGCGUCAGAUUAGAGUUAGAUAAAUCUGUACAGUAUGAGGCGCGCCAGAUUCAACAGCAACUAGCAGUCAUGACGGCCUAUCAGCAGACUGGAUUGCGAAAGAUUGGGUCGUUUAGUAGUGAAGCAGCCAGGGCAUGCAAGUUUCAGAGUCAUGUGGGAAUUAAUUUUCUUCCAAAGUCUAGCCACGGCGCUCUGAUAGCCCAAGUUCAGAGCAAGCAUCUGGAUUUAGGGGAUGUUGCAAGCUACGGUUUUGUUCUUGCUUGUAAUAAAGUUGUGGAGGUGGAUGGCUAUCUGGAUAUCGUGGCCCAGUAUGACCCGAGCAUGUUGGAUGUGCACCAGGCCCAGAGGAUGGUCAGUCAAUUUGAGCACAUUCUUGACCAAGUCCUCUUUCACCCAGACAUGUCUCUACGGAGUCUCUCAGCAGUUAGCGAUCAUGAUUGGGAAAAAUUGACACGCUGGAAUGCUACACUACCAUCGCCAAUAGAGCGCUGCUUGCAUGACUCGGUCCUGGACCAUGUAAUGUCGCGUCCGUCUGCCUUAGCAGUGUGUGCCUGGGAUGGGGACUUGACUUUUGAAGAGCUAGCCUCCUCCUCACUUUUGCUGGCGCAAGCACUUGGGAACAGCGGUCUUCAGGCGGGAUCAGUUGUGCCUAUCAGUCUAAAGAGAUCAAAGUGGUCGGUCAUCAGCAUAAUGGCCGUUUUGCGUGCUGGAGCAACCGCUGUUUGCAUUGACCCCAAUCUUCCAACUGAGCGGCUGCAGAGUAUACUUGAUCAGACACAGCCUGGAACAGUCAUUUGCGCGAAAGAGACGAAGGGUCAAUUCGAAGGACAUUCUGCGGCCCCUAUACUGACUGUACCCUUCCAGAUGCAAGUGCAUGGACUUGGCUCGGCUUCUGUCGAGCAGCCCUCGGUGAGCCCCGUCUCCCCGGCCUUUAUUGUCUUUACCUCCGGCUCCACCGGGCGACCCAAGGGCAUAGUGAUGGAGCAUCGGAAUCUGUCGACGAGCAUUCGAUAUCACAGUGAUGCACUGAACAUAACCAAGAGUAGUCGGAUGCUUCACUUUGCGUCAUAUGCCUUCGAUGCUAGCAUUUAUGAGAUAUUCACGACCCUCGUCACCGGAGGAUGUGUCUGUAUACCGUCUGAGUCUGAGCGGAUGAACGCAAUUGAGCAAUUCAUUGCAGACAAGCAAGUCAACGCGGCCCUCUUGACCCCAUCGAUGCUGGCCAUACUGGAUCCUGAUCGGGUACCCAGUUUAGAGACUGUUAUAUCAGGAGGCGAAGCGCUGACACGGCACGUUGCCAGUCGGUGGUCACCCCAUGUAACACUUAUUAAUGCUUAUGGUCCGGCUGAGACCAUAAUCUGCGCAGCAGGGCCAGUAGUCGAGGGGUCCUGGACACCAGGCACCGUUGGCCCUGUUCUAGGCGGAGCAGCAUGGGUGACUGCUCCCUCUGAUCCCACACGAUUGGUUCCCCUUGGUGCAAUAGGCGAGCUCAUCAUCGAAGGGCCAAUUGUCACAAGAGGGUAUCUCAACAGCCCAGAGCUCACGCAAGCAGGAUAUAUUGACCCUCCGGAAUGGCUCACCCGUUGGCGAAAUGGCCGCCCCGGCCGCCUCUAUCGCUCGGGCGACCUUGUCGAGCUUACUACUGAAGGGACAAUUCGGUUUAUCGGUCGCAAAGACACACAGGUGAAGCUGCGCGGACAGCGUAUAGAGUUAGCCGAAGUCGAGUAUCAAGUGCGAAGCUGCACUGGAGGUUUAGACUCGAUUGUCGACAUUGCAACGAUAGACAGCUCACCGACCUUAUUCGCUUGUAUUAUUCUCCAGGACACGGCUGGUGGAAAAGCGGAAGGCGCGCCCUUUCUUCCUGCCACAAGCACCUUCCAAAAGUCCAUGCAGGUCGCCGAGCUCUCUCUUCACGAUGCCAUCCCCAGAUACAUGGUUCCUUCUAUAUUCCUUCCUAUUGCCAAGGUCCCUCGGACAACUGGAGGGAAGGUAGACCGCAGAGCUCUUCGCAUGUCUGUCGAAGCUCUUCUGCCCUCGGAAAUCCAGCGGUACAUGACCGCAGCACAACGCAGCCACCGACAGCCAUCGACAGCAAAUGAGAAAGCGAUUCAUGGUAUCUGGGUUCAUGCUUUGAACAAGGCUCCUGACAUGCUAGGCGUUGAUGACAGCUUCUUUCAUCUCGGCGGCGAUUCGAUCAGUGCUAUGCAAAUUGUCUCUCAAUUAAAAGGUAUCGGGAUCCGCACCACAGUCGACCACAUUUUCCAACAGAGCACAAUCGCCAAGUUGGCUACAACAGUCACAAGUAGUAUUUCUAGUUCGUCAGAUUCCUUGCAAGAUGGAGCCCAUGAUACACCGUUCCGCCUAUCGGCGAUUCAACAGCUCUUCCUGGACCGAGUUCCGGUGCACUACAACCAUUUCAAUCAGAGUUUCUUCUUCGAGCUUCGGCGGCCCGUCCAGGCUGCCAAGGUAGAGAAGGCAGUACAAUGGAUUGUACGUACUCAAUCUAUGCUGCGGGCGCGGUUCUCUCGUAAUGCGGAGGGGACAUGGUAUCAGACGAUCAGCAAGGAUAUAGACAAUUCUUACCGAUACGAACAACAUGAAAACAUGUCACAGAGGGACGCCGAAGCCCUUUAUAUGGAUCGUCAACAAGACUUGAACAUUGAAUAUGGGCCUUUGAUUGCUGUGGAUCUGAUGCGUAUCCACGGCGGCAAACAAUGGCUGUCCCUCAUAGUCCAUCACCUCGUUGUCGAUAUUGUAUCGUGGCAGACUAUCCUGGACCAACUAGAGCGGCUUUUAGAAUCGAAGCCUGUGAGCCCACCAAGCGCCAUGUCUUAUAUGACAUGGGCUCGUCUCCAGGAGGAGCACAUUGUCUCUGCCCCAGAGAUAAGAGACCAGGCUGCCCCGGCGGCAAUGAUGGAUUACUGGGGAUUGUCUGAAUCCAGCAAUAGUUAUGCCGACGUAGAUCAGUACCAAGUAACACUCAAUCGUCAACAGACUAGUCAGGUUCUGGGGCCUGCCAACAAAGCCUUUAACACCAGGCCAGUCGAGCUGCUGCAGGCGGCGCUGAUGCAUGCGUUCAUGAAGACAUUCCGCGAUAGACCAACUCCAGCCAUCUACAACGAAGGCCAUGGGCGCGAUCCAUGGGCGGACGAUAUUGACGUGAUCGGAACCGUUGGAUGGUUUACAAAUAUCUGGCCCUCUAAUGUGCCUCUGAGCCCCGACUGUGACCUGAUGGAGGCGGUACGUCGAACUAAGGAUGGGCGACGCGACGUCCAAGACGUUGGGCGGUUCUACUUGGCAGCACGCCAGGGUCGGAUGACGGCGAUGGAGAUCACCCUCAAUUACGCCGGCACUUCAGAGGCAGCAGAAUCACCUAACUCCCUUUUUAAGCGGGUACCCUUAUCGAUUCCGACUCUUGUCAAUCAGGGAUCGCAUGUGGGUCGCUUUGCCCUGAUUGAUAUCCUUGCCAAUGUGGCCGAAGGAAGACUGUCGAUUGACUUUCUAUACAAUCGGCAUAUCAAGCACGCAAAAGAGAUUGUCGGAUGGGCGGAAAGAUCCCGAGAGGCCCUGUCAACCCUGGCCCAGCGAUUCCCCACGAUUCCUCCUCGUCUGACCCGAUCCGAUGUGCCUCUACUGCGAUUGACUGAUGAGCAAUUCUUCAAAUUUGAGGCCCUGACAGACAGACUCAGUCUCGCCGGCAAGACCGUGGCGGAUGCGUAUCCCUGUGCGCCCAUCCAACUUGCAAUGUCGAUAAGUCAAGCGAAGGAUUCGAAAGGCUAUACAGCCCUGCUGGCAUGGACUGUGAAAGCCCGAGAUGAGUGUCCAGUCGACACUGGCCGACUCAUGCGGGCGUGGGAGCGGGUUGUGGAAAGACAUCCACUACUUCGUACCAUAUUCGUGGACAGUCCGCGAGGGGACGGCGGCAUUGACCAGGUUGUCCUAGAUGAAGUGCGACCGAAUAUGGUCAGCUUUGAUGCUACACAGACAGAGAGUUCUGUAGAAGGAUCAGGCCCUUGGGAGCGUUCGCCCCUACCGGCGUUGCAUCCAGCGCAUCGGUUAACGGUCUGUCGGGCUUCCACAGGCUCCGUAAGCUGCGCUCUAGAGAUCGAGCACGCCCUGCUGGAUGGAAUCUCCCGCCAGAUAAUCUACCGCGAUCUCCAACUAGCAUACGAUGGUAUUCUGCCUCAAGGACCAGACCACGUAUACCGAGAUUACAUUUCAUAUAUACAGAAACAGCCACCAGACCCCGUCCGCACCUACUGGGAUAAGUACACGAAGAACCUCGAAGCGUGUCUUUUCCCCAAGUUAGCAGUUCACGAGAGUGAAGGCAUGUCGACUGCAGGAAUAGGCCGAGUUGACCGCCUGUUGCAUGGGAUUCCUGCUAUGCGUGAGUUUUGCCGAACCAACGAACUCACAUUGGCUUCGGUCUUCGAAGUGGCCUGGGGGCUGGUCCUCCGUGCAUAUGCGCGCACUGACAACGUAUGCUACGGAUAUGUGGCGGCCGGCCGCGACAUGCCCAUCAGUGGCAUUGAGGAUGCAGUAGGGCCUUUUAUCAAUACGCUUAUCUGGCGGAUGGACUUCCGUAGAAAUGACGCCAGCACUCUUGAAAUGCUGCGCAAAACCCAAAGUGACUUCGCUCAAUCCCUGGACUUUCAAUAUUGGCCGCUGGCCGAAGUCAUGCGUCAGCAUCAGGGUCCCCUUUUCAACUCUAUUAUGUCCGUCCAAAGAGUCAUGUCACGACUUGCACUUCCACACUCUUCACUGACACUCGACGAACAAAAUGGGGAUGAUUCCACAGAGUACGAUUUAAUGGUCCGUAUCAAUAUUGCCCAGGAGGAAGUCGGGGUAAUCAUGGACUUUAGGCGUGAACUGCUCACCCAUGAUCAGGCCGCAUUUGUCCUUGAUGCUUUUGAGCAAGCGGUGCAGGGUAUCGUGGAUUUCAGCGACCAACCAGUUCGGUCAGUUCCUCUGCUAGGCGGAAGCUCUCUUCAGGCUAUACGAAGGUGGAACGAGCAGGUCCCGCAGGCUGUAGAGCGAUGCGUUGGCGAUAUGAUCCUCGACAACUGCCGCGCACGGCCCGACUCUCCAGCCGUCUGCGCAUGGGAUGGCAGUUUCACCUACACAGAACUAGAGGCUCAAUCAGCCUGGUUAAGCCGUCAACUCCAUGACUGUUGUGGUGUUGGCCCUGCGGUCUUCGUUCCAAUCUACGCCAUCAAGUCCCGCUGGGUCACCGUGGCAAUCACAGCCGUGAUUCGAGCCGGCGGCGCCUUCAUUCUCUUAGACCCAAGCCACCCACUGGCCCGGCUACGUGCCAUCUGUAUAAAGGCUCGGGCGACUGUGAUAUUAGCACCCCCUCAAGGUCAGGAAAUAGCGGCCCAUUUGGUAAGCCGGGUGGUAACCUUCGGUGAAGAAGUUGGGGGAGCGGAAGGCAGUAGGGGUGAUGUAUAUGGGGGGAAAGAGAUGGACUUGGAGCUGACCCCAGACAAUGCACUAUAUGGUAUUUUCACCUCCGGAUCAACGGGGCAGCCAAAAGGAGUGAUCAUCCAACAUCGUGCCUUUGCCACCUCUGCCGUCAGUCAGGCUGGAACGUUGCAGAUCGGCCCUCAGUCCCGCGUGUUGCAAUUUGCGUCAUUCGCCUUCGAUGGUUCAAUUGGUGAAAUGCUCACAACUUUGGUCCAGGGCGGAUGCAUAUGCAUUCCCUCAGAAGAACAGCGUCAACAGGCAUUGUCCCGAGCCACAUACGACUUGCGGGCAAAUUGGGCCUGCCUGACUCCGUCAGUGGCGCGUGCUUUGACACCGGCUGCAUUCCCAACGUUACACACCCUAGUUGUGGGGGGCGAAGCUGUAAGCAGCAAGGAGGUGCAGACAUGGUCCCCCAUGUUGAAUCUGAUUCUUGCAUACGGCCCUACGGAAUGUGCUGUGUGGUGUUCUGGCACAGUGGACACACUGCACCCUGGUUCCGAGCCACGCAAUCUGGGACGACCGUUUGGUUGUCGCAUGUGGAUCAUCGAUCCUGGUAAUCCGGACCUUCUUGCUCCUAUCGGUGCCGUGGGCGAGCUGGUGGUUGAAGGCCCCAACAUCGCCCGAGGCUACCUGGACGAUCCUAGCACCACUCAGGCGGCGUUCCUGAAUGGUCUCCGACCCUGGCUCGACGGAAAAUCCAGUCGGAUAUAUAGAACUGGAGAUGCGGCUCGAUAUAGGGCGGAUGGUACGCUGCAAUACGUUGCCCGCAAGGAUCGUCAGGUUAAGCUACGUGGGCAGCGGUUUGAGUUGGCCGAGGUGGAACAUCAUCUUCGCCAAGUAUUUGGUCAAGCAAAGGACAUCGUUGCAGAGGUAGCUACCACAAGCAAUGAUACCAAACUCUUAGUGGCAUUGAUUCAUCUACCAGACAUCUCUACCUCAGCUGAUAAUCACGAGAACUCGCUAAUUGCAUCGGCCACUGAUCCCUUCCGCUUAAGUGUCCAAGCUUCCAAGGCGCAGCUUCAUAUGCGCAUGCCUGGAUAUAUGGUGCCAAGCUUAUAUUUGCCAUUGCAGCGAGUACCUCUGACCACCAGUGGCAAGCUGGACCGUCAGCAACUUCAUGAUGCUGUCGGCGCAAUGUCCCUCGUGGACUUGGAGGCCUACUCUGCUCCGGUAGCUGCGCGCAUCAUGCCGUCCACACCGGAGGAACAACACCUCCAGCAGAUCUGGGCUGAUGUACUGGGCCGCCCCAGGAGCACGAUUGGAGUAGAGGACAACUUCUUCCGCUUGGGAGGAGACUCGCUCCGCGCCAUGAGUCUGAUCUCCGCGGCUCGGCAGAGGGGUUUCAGUAUCACCAUAGCCAAUGUAUUUCACAGCCCCAGGCUUCGCGACUUGGCACGGGCCAUGAGUUCAAACCCUGAUGAAGCAGUGGCAUCGUCGGAGCUGGCACCGUUUGCGUUGGUUGGAGAUCUGGGCGACCUUAUAAGCAUUGCAGCGAAGCGCUGUGGUGUAUCUUCUCGUCAAAUCGAGGAUAUAUACCCCUCCACACCUCUGCAAGAAGGCCUCAUUGCGUUGUCCACUAAGAAGUCCACCAACCGCUACAAAGUGACUUUUCGGUACCAGCUAGAUGACCAGGUUGACCUCGGCAAGCUCCAAAGGUCCUGGCUUGCCAUUGCUGCGGUCAAUCCCAUCCUUCGGACGCGCAUGAUACAAUCAGAUCGUCACCCUGGAACGUGCCAGGUGGUCCUUCGCGGGUCGCCUCGUUUCCACACGUUCAACAGUCAGGCGGCGUACGAUGAACAUAUUCAAUCUACUCCAAUGGGGCUUGGAGAUGCUUUAGUCGACCUCUCCUUCAUCUGGCCUUGCGAAUCUGCUGCCGUGCACUUUUGUCUGACCAUGCAUCAUGCCAUGUAUGACGGGUGGUCCCUCCCAUCCCUGUGGAAGCAAGUCGAGACGUACUACCAAAGUCCUAAGAGCAUGCCGUCGCCCCCUCCGUUCAAUCAAUUCAUUGAUUAUGUCCAGCGUCAAUCCAACAGGGCAGCCAAAUAUUGGCGCAAUGAAUUUUCCGGCCUGUCCGCCCCGGUCUGGCCUCCACUGCCCUCAACACGCCACACGCCCGUGGCAGAUGCCUCCUUCCAUCACACUAUCACCGGCUUUUGCGGCAGUGGCUCAGAAUAUACCACUACAACGUUCAUCCACUUGGCCUGGGCCUUGGUCAUGUCCUACCAGACCGACUCUAAUGACCUGGUUUUUGGGGUCACUCAGAACGGGCGUAGUGCACCGGUGAUGGGCAUUGAGGAUAUGACUGGGCCCACCUUCACCAGCUUCCCGCUGCGUAUUCGAUUAGAUCUUGACUGUGACACGGUGGAGUCCGCUUUGCUUGCCAUCCAAGGACAAGCGGCAGAUAGAAUUCCAUUUCAGCAGUUCGGGCUACAGAAUAUUCGAAACAUAAGUCCCGAGGCCACGCGCGCGUGCCAAUUUCAAUCCCACUUGACUAUCCAGGCUCCUUCUCCGGGGAAGACCGCCUCUUCUAGUCUCUUCGGAGAAUUGUGUCCUGGCUCUGCGGACUAUGGCGCCUUUGCCGAGUAUGCCUUUGUGGUUGUCUGCCAUUUGACUGACGUCGAUGCAUCUUCCAUACAAAUGACCGUGAACUAUGAUCCGCAAGUUGUGCAGUCUACGAUGGUGAGGAGGACCAUAGGGCAAUUCUCCCACCUACUUCAACAGCUGCCCAAGAGCUUGCAAGCCCCGCUGAACCAGCUUGACAUUCUCAGUCCCGACGACAAGCAGGAACUAUCAAUCUGGAAUCGCGAACUCCCAUCAUCUUUUGAUGUUUGUCUGCACGAUCUCGUGCUUGCCCACGCCAGUGCUACCCCAAAUUCAGCGGCCAUCUGUGCAUGGGAUGGCACUCUCACGUAUGCAGAGCUGCUCGCUCACUCGGACCAGCUAGCUACUCAGUUGUGCCUUCUUGGUGUGCAUCGGGGCGCUUUGGUGCCGCUCUGCUUGGAGAAGUCCAAAUGGGCUGUGGUCACCAUGUUAGCUGUUCUGCGAGCUGGCGGCACGUGCGUGCCCUUAGAUCCAGGUCAUCCCCCAAGUCAUAUCCAGACCAUUGUUCGCUGGACAAAGGCUAAAUUGGUUUUGACAUCUUCCCAAACCCGCUAUCUUAUCCAUGCAGACUGUGGUGCCGAGGUGAUAACUCUAUCCUUACAGGGGCUGGCAGCACACGCGACCACCAAAACUUGGGCAGAGCCCUCCUCCCACGAUGCUGCAUUUGUCAUGUUCACGUCUGGCAGUACGGGUGAGCCCAAAGGAACCAUCAUGGAGCAUGUGAAUCUCUGUACAAGCAUCCGAGAUCAUAGCCUGCCGUUGGGCAUCAGCUCAUCGACCCGCGCUAUACAUUUUGCCUCGUACGCCUUUGAUGCUAGUAUCUACGAAGUGUUCUCUGUGUUAGCCAACGGGGGCUGUGUCUGCAUUCCUUCCGAAUCAGACCGUGUCGGCAAUUUGGCUGGGUUUAUGUGCGAGGCGCAUGUUAAUCAUGCCACCUUCACGCCAUCAAUCAUCAAUCGACUGCUCCAGCCUGAGCAAGUUCCAGAGCUUGAAACAAUUAUCUUGGCGGGAGAGGUAGUGACUCAAGAUAUCGUCGACGUCUGGUCGCCACAUUGCAGAUUGAUCACUGGUUACGGACCUGCAGAGGCAACUGUCUGUGCUGCCGCUGGCACUAUCGAUGCCAGCUCUUGGGCCGCUGGCAUGAUAGGGCCCGUGACCGGAGGUGUUGGAUGGGUUACUGUACCAUCGGACGUGUCUCGUCUUGCACCCAUAGGUGCUGUGGGAGAGUUGGUGAUUGAAGGGCCGAUUGUCACUCGUGGCUAUCUGCAUGACACAGCACGAACGGCUGCGGCAUAUAUAAGUCCGCCGCAUUGGUUGAUUAGAUUUCGGGGGAAAGAACAGCCAGGUCGGCUCUAUCGCUCCGGCGAUUUAGUACAGUAUACCGAUAACGGAUGGAUACGAUUCGUGGGUCGAAAAGACACACAAAUCAAAUUGCGCGGUCAGCGCAUUGAGCUAUCGCUCGUCGAACAUCACGUACGACAGUGCUUCAGAGAGGCAGCGGAUAUCAUCACCGACAUCGUUCUACGUGAGGGGAUUCCUACAAUGAUCGCGUUCAUUGCCCAGAUACCGUCUGAUCGUGGUGAGUAUGCUGAUAAUCCUGGCGACGCUUGUAACGCUUGCAGCUUGUUUCUGAAGACCUGCACAUCGUUUCGAGCGCACGUCCAGGCAGCGACCGCACAACUGAAAUCUCUAUUGCCCGCGUAUAUGGUUCCUACCCUAUUCUUACGUCUCGCGUACGUGCCACGAACAAGAAGCGAUAAGUUGGACCGACAACAUCUUCGUGACCAAGCCUCCCGCCUUUCUAACGAUCAGAUCCAAGCCUUGUCGGCGAGUUCGGAAGGUUUCCUAUCAAGCACCUUGCAUCCUCCACGGUCAGCGCGGGAGCGCGUAUUCCAGCAGCUCUGGGCCACAGUUCUGAACAUCUCUGUGGAUAGGAUUGGAACCCAAGACGACUUUUUCGAACUGGGCGGUGACUCCAUCCAAGCCAUGAGAAUUAUUAGCUUGUUAAGGAGAGAAGGGCUGACACUGGGUGUGUCCGAUAUCUUUGCGUGGCCAGUGCUAGAAGCUCAGGCCCACGGUGCGCAGGAAUAUGCAAAUCUAACGGAGAUGGAGCCGUACUAUCCCGGGUCGCUUCUCAAUAUCAAGCCUGAAGAUCUUGGAGCCUUUGCUGUCCGCGAACUAGCUCCAGCCUGUCCAGGUUUAGAGGUCGAGGAUAUAGAAGACAUUCUUCCUACCACAGAGUUUCAACGUCAUUUCCUGAAACAAUCCGAGAUUCGGUGGUUUCAGCUUCUUCUGCCGAUGGAGAUCGACUCUGCACGCCUAGAGAAGGCGUGCCAUGUUUUGGUAGAUCGGCACCCCUUGUUUCGCUCUGUAUUUCUGCCAUAUCGCGGCGGAUACUUGCAGGUUCUCUUUCGGCGUCUCCAGUUUCAACUCAUACAGAUCCGGUGUGAUGAGGAGCUUGACGCAUAUGUUGAUCGCAUUUGCUUGAGUAACUCCUCAGCCGGAGUUUCGGGAGGGACACCCUACUUCCAGGCUUUGCUCAUAACGAAAGCUCCGUCGAAUUCAGUCCUACUCAUACGCUGCAGCCAUGCCCAACACGACGGAGAAAAUCAGACUCUGAUAAUCCAGGACCUUAUUUCGGCAUAUGAGAGAGGAGGACUCGACGAGGCCCCUCCUCCCUCAUUUGCGCUGUACUUGCGGCACCGCCAAAAGCAGGCGAAUCCGCACACAUACGAGUUCUGGAAGCAGUAUCUGCAGAACAGUACAAUGACUGCCCUCAGUCUCACAGGAUCAGACAGCAAUCUGCCCCUCGAGGUCAACAGAACCAUUCCUCUUCCCACACCACCCCGUGGAAUCACCAUAUCAUCCCUCGUGAAGGCCGCCUGGGCCGUAGUUCUAGCUCAAGUCACCAGACAGCGGGAUGUUGUAUUCGGCCACGUCCUAAGCGGGCGCGACACGCCCAUUGAGGGCAUCCAUGCUAUUUCUGGGCCUUGCACGACUAUCUCCCCACUUCGAAUCAUCAUUCGCCUGCCUUCCGAAAACGCGGUCCUCGAUCUUUUGCAUCACGUGCAAGAUCAAUACACACGAGCCUUGCCAUAUGCUGGAGUAGACUUUGAGGCAAUUCGCGAGCACUCGACGUCGUGGCCUGCGAAUGCAUCCUUCUGCAGUGUUCAAGCGCAUCAGAACGGCGCCGCCAUGCGCGCAAGUUUCAAAUUCCACGGUCAUGACUGUGCUUUGGGAUAUCGUAUAAUAGGCGGCAUGCCAUUGUUAUCGGUGUCGACGUUCCCUCUGCAGGAUCAGGGGCAAUUGAAGGUCAGCAUUAUUAUCUCCAGUCGACUGGGAAGUUUGGAAGACAUUGAGGAUUUGUUGGGUCGAUACUGCUCGGCUAUAGCGGAUCUGGACCGUGGAGUGAUUCCUCUUUGAUCAAUUUUUUUUUCUUUCCCUUCUUAUGUUGAGGCAGAUCAAUGAGGAUGUCAGGUAGAGCGUUGUUAGACCUAGUUCAUGGAGUAAGUGGAUAAGAAUAUAGUAUAAUGAUACAAGGAUUGAGUUCCCUUUCUUAGUCUGAAAAUCUUGUACAUCUACCGCCAUAUUGAGAAGCAAAUAUAACUCCAAAUGUCUUCCAAUAUUCAAAACGCCAUGUUAAAACAACUUGAUAUGAAAGACUUUCCAUC